GCGAAAUUGCCACCUCCCCUCCUCCGCCAUUCCCAUUCCGCACUGCCCCAUCAUCGUCAAAAAAUUCCAAAUCCUUCUCAACUCCCAAAGUACUCUUCUUCUCUCUUUCAAAGCCAUACCAUUCUUCUCACCUUCUGAAUAAGUCCAUGGUCAUCGUGGAUCCUAUCUAACCAGUAACCACUAAAUAAAUCCCCAGCCAAAACUCUCCACCGCGUCGAUGCUCUUUAUGUGGACGGGAAAUCAAUUGGAGACCGCUCUACAAAUCAUCGUCUUCUAUCACCACGUCAUCAACAACAAGCCAACAAUCAAGAAGCGGAGAUGGAGAAGCAGGCUGUGUCGGGUGCAAAUCGUUGUGGCCAAUCCUCUUCUUCAAUCCCUACUUCAAAUCCUCUUCAAUCGUCAUCGCCGCCCACCCCUUCCGUCGUGCCGUCUAGAUCUGCUUUCCAAGAUAAAGAAGAACUCUUCUGAGGAUUUCGAUGCGGCGAGAUUAUAGUGCAGACACCAUAGUCGACAGGAAAUUUGUUCUGUGUUUCCAGAUUUGGAUUUCGCUGCUGGGUCUCGCAAAGGCAUGCAUUGGGGGGCGUGUCCGACGGAGGAAGUGGAAGUGACUUUUGGCCGUGGGGUUGUUUGUCUUUUGACUAUGACGAUGGUGAGAAACAAGGGGAUUUUGGAAAAGAGAGAGGGCGAAGACUGGACUUCCUCGCCGGGUUCUAGGUAUUGUGAUGAAUUGACGGCGACGACAAAGCAGAGAAAGUCGGAAGCAUCCAGGUUCUUGUCGCGAGAAGAAGAUAUCUUUAAAAAUGGUAUUUGACAUAUAUAAAGUAUUCUUUAAUUU